AUGCCUUCGCCAGUCGCAAAAGCGCUCGUCGCUGCUGGCAUAGCGGUCUAUGAAUCGCCCCAGUUCCGAGAAUGGGUGAACAAUUCUCGUCGUAAAAUCGCGCUGGCUUUACACAAUCUGGGAGAUGAAAUUCAUCCUCGAGACUCGACAUCUCCCCUCAGGGAAGAUAUUUCUAUGAUGGAAGAGGUGGGCCCGGCGGCAGAAGAACGGAGACGGAUUGCUCGUGAAGAAAUCCAGCAGAGAGCUGCUGCUCUUGAAGAACGUCGGAGGCGACGACAGGGUGUUCAAUUGGGCUCUUUUGAUGCCCUUGUGGACGAAAAUGGAAAUCUAUUGAGGUCACACAGUCCGGAGGUGACUGCCAGUACUCUUGCGAACUCGACCGCUGUGGACUUGCCAUCGCCGCAGCUUGUCCACCGAGGAGCCAAAGAGGCGGAUGUGUCGACUUCCGUGGGCGAGAUUGGACCGGCGGACACAGUGACCGACAAUGAUAAACCACAUUUACAGAUUCCAUCCGCUGGCAACCAUUCCGCGUCUCUUGUCGAUCUUACUCCUACUUCUGAUGAUACAGACAUGGACUUCUUCGCCUCGGCUCAUGACAAAUCGGAAGAAGCCGAGCGGUCUGUACUUUCCUCCACAACAGAUCAAGAAGGAAUGUCUUCGUCGAGUCAUACUGAGGAAGAAUCUCAAACCAUCUGUGACCAUCCUGAAUCAUCACUUAUCGACACCAAUCGCGAGCUCCGAUCGCCAUUCUCUGACCUAUCCGAAUUGAACACCACGGGGUUCGAGCAGCAAGAACGCUCCUCCACACCGUCUACCGCUAAUAGUUUCAGCCACGUUUAUGAGUCCGCUGAGGACGCAACGUCAGAUGGCACUUUGAGUGACCUCGGAAGGUCCAUGGAUGGUGUUUUCACUCCAGCCAGUUGGUCGGAGGUUGGUAGUGUUGUGAGCAACGACGACUUGGGUCACCACGGGUUUUGA